AUGUGGUCUGCCCUACUGCUAACCCUGCUUCUGGCUGGUACAAGCCAUGGAGAAGCGGUGUUUGCGCAUUCUCUGGUCGAAGAUAACCAGGUCACGACAACAAUAAAUGACUCCAGCUACACGGACACCGCGACAAUCCCAAUCCUCCCCAGGGCGGAAUGUACUCCCCCCGCAAACAGCGACCCCAACGUCCCCGCACCCAACUGCAACGGCGCCCCCGCCAGAUACCACCUUUUCGUUUUCUCGCACGACCGCGGCUCGGGAGCCUUCUCCUCCGAAUGGCGCGGCCGCAACUGCCACGGCACAGGGACCUGUCGCGCGCGCGGCGUGACGCCAGACUGGCGACAGAAGACUACUGUCGAGGGCCAUGUUACGAAUCCCGCCUUCCCGGACAGUCUACAGGGAAUUGAGGUAUUUGGGGAUACGUGCGCGUAUACUGCCGAUAUCAACGUGACUAAGGGGACCCGGUCUGUGGGCACGUUAUCGUGCAAGCACUGGAAGGACGCGAUAUGCAUCAAGGGCCCUGAUACGGUUGCGGCGUGUGGGGAGGGCAAGUAUGCGGCGUAUAUGUUGAUUUGCGAGUGGCCGGAUGAUUACUAUCUGCACAUGGGCGAUGAGAUUGCUCCGUUUCCAUAG